AUGAGCAAUGCCUCUGUGGUGAGUGAGUUUAUCCUGCUGGGCAUCCCUCACACAGAGGACCUGGAGACUGAGCUCUUUGUCCUGUUUUUGUUCUUCUACAUCUUCACCCUUGUGGGAAACGUGCUCAUUCUACUGGCAAUCGUCUCCUCCACCCAACUUCACACUCCCAUGUACUUCUUCUUGUGUAAACUGUCUGUGUGUGACAUAUUCUUCCCUUCUGUGAGUUCCCCCAAGAUGCUCUUCUACCUCUCAGGGCAUAGCCGAGCCAUCUCCUAUGCAGGUUGUGCAUCCCAGCUCUUCUUCUACCAUUUCCUGGGCUGCACUGAGUGUUUCUUGUACACAGUGAUGGCGUAUGACCGCUUUGUUGCCAUAUGCCAUCCUCUACGCUACAAGGUCAUCAUGAGCCACAGAGUGUGUGCCAUCCUGGCAAUGGGUACCUCGUUUUUCGGCUCUAUUCAUGCCACCUUUCUGACCACUCUCACCUUUCAGUUGCCCUACUGUGGCCCCAAUGAGGUGGACUAUUUAUUCUGUGACAUCCCCGUGAUGCUGAAGCUGGCUUGUGCAGAUACCUCAGCCCUGGAGAUGGUGGGGUUUAUCAGUGUGGGCCUCAUAUCCCUCAGCUGCUUUCUUCUCAUCUGCUCCUCCUACAGUCGCAUUGUCUACUCCAUCUUGCAGAUCCGCUCUGCAGAGGGUCAACGUCGUGCCUUCUCCACCUGCAGUGCCCACCUCACUGCCAUCCUACUGUUCUACAUGCCAGUGGUGCUCAUCUACUUGAGGCCAACCCCAAGCCCAUGGCUGGAUGCAACUGUUCAGGUCCUGAAUAACUUGGUCACCCCUAUGCUGAAUCCCUUGAUCUACAGCCUCAGGAAUAAGGAGGUAAUAUCCUCUCUGAGGAAAGUCCUACAUCAACUGGGCUGUCUUCCUGAGCAGUCAUAG